AAAAAAAGAGAAGCUGGUCGCGUUUCGCAUUUUCUUCUUCUUUUCUUCCCUUCCACAGCAUUUCUUUGCUUCCAACAUCCCCCACCAACCACCACGGUCAGGACUCAAUGCGCCGGCGCACUUGAGCUCCUACCUCUAAUAUCUUCCUUUUGUUUGCCUGACCAAGUUGCAAACACCGAGCAUUCGGUAUCGGGGGAGAAAUGAUCCCGCCGAGCACUUCGUCAUCGCGAGCUACCCUCACUCCGAGAGCUCCGAAUGGCUGAUCGACAUGGUCCUAUCCGCCCUGUCGGCCGCACGCAUGCUUUGAGUCGCCCUCGCGCUCAUGCUGGUGGUAUCGUCGGGCGGUUGACCUACAUUCCCGCUCAAAUCAACCAAGGCACUGGUCAACUUCGCAAAGAUCGUGCUAGAGAUGAGAUUCCCCAAUUCCAACAAGUCACGCCUUUCAAUCAGUGGUCCGCGCCCACCAAGACAGCCUUUCCUGACCUCGGCAGCUUCGGUCCUUCCCAACUUGCCAAGUCUCAGAACAACUGGCUCCUAAAAACCCUCCCAGAGGCUUUUCUCGGAGAUGUUGAUACCGAGACGCUGCUCAUUGAGGAGAUCAGCAACACUUACUCGCGCACUCAUCCUGCACCACCAACCACUGCCUCUCUCCUGGCCACUGGAGAGAUCACCGAUGUCAGAGACCCUGAUAGAGUUAGGGGACACACGGUGCUCGCCACUGCCAGCGGAGAGUCGGGGCACAUUCUUCGCUUGAUCAGUCUCGCCCGUGAAGAGUGGAGCUGGACAGAUGAGGACGUUAAGAUACGUCUUCAUGUCCCGAACCACCAUCUCGAAGGAGACUGGUGUCAGGACAGCGUUCCGAUCUCAUUGAUCAAGUUCGUCAAUGACAGCAAGAAAUACGACCAGAUUCGUUGGCUCAUUGUGCAGAAACCCACUUCAACUACGGUCUGCGAGCCCGAACUCAGAAAGCUGCCGGUGCAAUGCUCAUCCUUCAUCCAACCAUCUUCCUCAACCCUGACGCAACUUGUUGCCAACCCCUUGUUCACCAUCACGUCCGAUCGAUCCGGGGGCGGAUCUCACUCGGAUGUCUCCUUCAAUCCGCUUUCUGAUAAUCAGGUCCCUCAGCUUGCCAUUAUUGAUCAAGCUGGAUAUUGGAGCGUAUGGGACAUUGUUGGCCGUCGAGGUGCACGUCCCAAGGCGAUGAAGCCGGUACUGAGAAUGUGCGGCAACAUCAACCUAGGGUCCAUCCCAAAGUUCCCUGGCAGGACAGCAGAUGAUCAGGAGCCACAUAGAAUCAUGUGGUUGUCUCUGAAAAGGGACAGAUCCGAUGAUGAAAGUCGAUCAAGGAGUUCCACGCGCGCCAGGCCAAGGCAACGCCUGUCUCGGGCUAGCUUGCUUCUCCUCGGAAACAGCACUACUCUCUGCCUUUUCGACACGGAAACUCGCAAGUCCGCGGACCAGCCUCAUUUGCUGUCAGCAAAGAAAGGCGAACGUCUCUUGGACCUCGCCCCUUCGCACUUGGAUCCAUCACAGGCCUUCCUUCUCACGAACACAGCCAUCUCCUGGCUCUCUGUCAAAGAAGAUGGUCCUAGACUGCGGCUUGAGCCGCUUGUCUUUUCACCUCACCGAAGAGACGUCCAAGAUCCGACACUGAGGCUCGAGGUGUCUCCUGGCACAUUCAUAGAUGGUGCUCUGGCCUGCUUCGUGUCGAUCCGUUCCAGUCGAAAUGGCGAAGUCACCGUCUUUUGGUUCAUCAGCCCCAGCUCAGGGAAACCUCUUCGCUACCAUCGCGAGUCAGUUCGCCUCAAAGCUUCAUCCAAGUCCAUCAGUGUCGCUAUGCUUCCGGUCGAGCGACGAGUUGGCCAAGCAAAGCUUACGGCAUCUCUCGCUCGUGCUCUCGCGAAGAGGCAAACCAGGUUCUUCCAGCUGGUUACGCUGGGACACGAUCUGGAUCUGAGCUGCUCGCUCUGCAUGUGGUCUGACGAGCCUGGUGUGCGGGUGCGACCUCCAGAUGAAUGCAUAGCCCGUUCUGGCUCUGCACCGGAGAAGACAAGGCUUCCGGAGCAACUGCGCGAUGCAUUUGUCUUACCAGACGAGUUUGACGACCGUUCCUUGGUCAGCGAUUCCCGAAGCCCGGAACUUUGCCAAGGUUCAUCUGGAACUCUGAAAAGGGAACCAGAUACCCUCAGUCUUGUGGUCUACGGGCGGGCAUUGGCCGACAGGCUAGUGGUCCCCUCAACCUCGAACGAGGCACGCCCAUCGCAGAAUGAAGAUGACAUUACUCGCAUCGCCGAGGUCAUUAGUCGUGAGACACACAAUGGCUAUAUGCCUAGACAUUCUCUACUCAAUCUAGUAAAACAAACAAGAGGUGUCCAAGACGUUGUUCGACUCGCUUCGCACUGGUCAUCCCAUCAACACUUGUUGCUCGAAGAUGUUCCUGGGAGACUGGUUCCCACAAAUGGUCGUCACGUCUUGAGUGAUGAUAUAGACCGGGCCUUUGAGAGGUUGAUGACGAUGUUCUCUCAUCUUCCCUCAAACCGUGGAAAGGCGUUCCAAGGGGCUCUCACUCCCAAGCUGCAGCUUCUCGCUGCCGAGACUCUCCUCUCUGAGGCCGGAGUAGCGGCAGUACCUGAAGAAUGGGCUGCAGCGGAGACUUGGGAUGGCCGAUCGAGUCAGAGCCAGCCAUUUGCCAGUUCCAUGCCUUUUGGCAGCUCUCCUCCUUUGUUCUCGUCACAAGUGCACUCCCAGUUCGUACAGCACUCGCAGUCGCAAUCACAGUCUCAAGGCUAUGAUGCGACCCAGAGUCAAGAUCAGCCGGACGGUGAAGAUCCAGUGGGCGUGAGGCUACGCCAGUACGCGGCCAUGAAUCCCGUUUCCAGGAGAAUUGGCGGUAGAACCCGGGUCACCUCUCACUGGGAGCUCGGUGAAGACCCCAAUGUCAUCACAUGGAAGCCAGGUCAAGACGACGAGGAAGACGAUGCUGGCCUCCGGAGAAGGCGCAAGCUCGAGGCAAAGCGCAAGAAGAGGGAGAAGUUGCUGGCGAGGAUUCGCGGCGUUGAAGCCGUCAAGGCAGAAAGUCAACCUCUGCCGUUUGCCAUUCAGUCGAGCCAGCCGAGGGGGUUUGCUUUCACGCAGAACACUCAGCCGGAGUCGUCGCAGUUUUUCGCAUCGCAGCCCAUGUCACAAAUUGUUGCAGGUCCACAUGGAGGUAGGCCCUCUCAUGUGAAGAAGAAGCAAAAGGUGAAGAAGCGGAUGGGAUUCAGAUAGUUGAUAAUAUGACUGUUUGGCAACUCGAAAGUGUUUUCUGUGGUUGAUCUGACGUGAUGUUGUGUGAUA